UUCCUGAUUCUGCACCAGAAAACAUAACCUACAGGAAUAUCUCAUCCAUGGAAAUUGAAUUAUCAUUUUUUCCACCAUCCAUUCCCAAUGGAGUCAUACAGACAUACACAAUAUACCUCAAAUGGAUUAAUGGAACUGAGCAAAGAGUCAUAAACACCACUCUUCUGACACUACGUAUUACAGACUUGAAGAAAUACACAGAAUAUGCUGUGGAAGUGUCUGCUAGUACCACAGCGGGGGAGGGCCCUCCUAGCACACCUCUGCGUAUACUGACUGAUGAAGAUGCUCCGAGUUCUCCUCCAGAAUCCCUCUCUGUAAAACAGUUGUCGGGUGUCACUGUGAAGUUGUCAUGGAAACCUCCACUGGAGCCAAAUGGAAUUAUCCUCUAUUACACAGUUUAUGUCUGGAAUAAAAUGUCAAAAAGGAGCGUUAAUGUAACAGAAACAUCACUGCAGUUCACAGACCUGGAAUAUAACUAUCAGUAUAGUGCUUAUCUAACAUCAAGUACAAGAUUUGGAGAUGGCAACCUAAAAAGCGAUACGAUAACAUUCAGAACUUCUGAAGGAGCACCAAGUGAUCCGCCGAAAGAUGUGCUGUACAGAAACCUUACUUCCACAUCAGUAAUGCUAUUCUGGUCUCCUCCUCAAAAACCUAAUGGAAAUAUACUAUACUACUCAGUUUAUUUCAAAAAUAAUUCAGGAAUAUUCAUACAGAAUUUUACGAGUUAUGGCAAUGACAGUGAUGUCACCAUGUCUCAGUCUGCAGUUCUGGAUGACCUGGCAAAAUACAGCCAUUAUACUCUAUGGUUAACUGCAAGCACUGCUCUUGGAGAUGGAAACAAAACCAGUGAAAUAAUAGAGGUUUAUACGGAUCAAGAUAUCCCAGAUGGUUUUGUUGAAAAUCUGGUCUAUCAAAACAUUUCCUCAUCUUCUGUAAAUGUAAGCUGGCUUCCACCAUCCCAGCCAAAUGGCUUAGUCUUCUUUCAUGUUUCUCUAAGUUUAUUGCAACUGGGAACCAAAAAGACACUGUCUUUCCUUACUUACAAUACAAGUAUCAUUUUUGACAAUCUGGAGAAAUAUUCUGAUUACAUUCUGAAAAUCACACCAGCCACUGAGAAAGGAUCUUCUGAACAGUAUGCUCUAAGUCUGCAUAUAAGAACUGAUGAAGAUGUCCCAGAAUCAACACCUAUAAUAAAAACAUUUUCAAAUCUUUCAACUACCUCAGUUUUGUUUUCAUGGGACCCUCCUAUUAAGCCAAAUGGUAUUAUAAUAAGUUAUGAUUUAAAAUUAUUUGGGCCGGAAAGGAAUAACUCAUUCUCUACCAUCAAUAAUUCUAUCAUCUUGGAAGACCUUCUGCCAUUCACAUUAUACAGCAUUUAUGCAGCUGCAAGAACAAUAAAAGGACCUGGUCCAUCUGCCAUGCUUCAGUUCUACACAGAUGAGUCAGUGCCAUUAGCUCCACCCCAGAAUUUGACCAUUACCAACUACACGGCAGAUUCUGUGUGGCUAAAAUGGGAUCCAAGUCCCAAGCCAAAUGGUGUUAUUCUGAGAUAUAAUUUAAAGAUUUAUCAAAACAACACUGAGAAACUAUUUUAUCAGAACAUUUCAGGGUCAAGCCAUGAGGCAAACCUUGUUGGAUUACAACCGUUCAGCCCUUAUUUUAUUACUGUCUCUGCAUUUACCAAGCUUGGGAAUGGCAAUCAGUUCAGUAAUGCUGUCCAGUUUACAACGAUGGAAUCAGUACCAGAAGUUGUCCAGAAUGUUCAUUGUGUUGCAACAAGUUGGCAAUCGAUCCUAGUGCAGUGGGACCCUCCUGCUUCAUCCAACGGUAUAAUCACUCACUACAUCCUAGCAGUUGAAGGAAAUUCUACAAAUUUUUCAUCUUACGAUACACUGCAUACUUUUAGAAAUCUGCUUUCCAAUAUUACUUACCAGUUUAAAAUAAAAGCUGCAACAUCUGCUGGUGAUGGUGAAGAACAGAUAUGCAAUGCCAGUACACUUCCAGAAAAAGUUCCCAGUGCUCCCAGGGAUAUUGUGUUUUCCAAUGUGCAGUCGACAAGUGUGACAUUGAAUUGGAGAUCACCAAAAUCUAUCCUUGGCUACUUUCAAAACUACAAGAUUACUACACAGCUACAGUCCAUCCACUGCAGUGACUGGGAAACUAAGGAAUGUAUUGAAUAUGAGAUGCAUCAAUAUUUAUAUAAAAAUGUGAUGGAUGACCGAAUAGAAGAGACAGUGUAUGGACUGAAAAAAUACAGAUGGUACAGAUUUGCAGUUGCUGCCAGUACAAACGUUGGUUAUGGCCGUUCUUCACCUUGGGUUUCUACACAAACACUUCCUGGCUCUCCAGAUGGUCCUCCACAAAAUGUGACUGUUUUAGCUACAUCUCCUCACAGUAUUAAUAUCACCUGGAGUGAACCUGUCGUCAUUACUGGACCCACAAGCUACCUCAUAGACAUCACUUCAGUAGAUAAUGACAAUUAUAAAGCUCGAUUUCUGAAGACAAAUGAUGAGGGUAAAGUCUUAGAAAUUUCUGAUUUAAAAGCAUUUACGAGGUAUUCUGUGGUAAUCAUUGCCUUUACGGGGGAUGUUAAUGCAGCACUCUUUGAAGGCAAGGCUAGUUUUCCAGUAACUGUCUCCACUUUUGAAGCAGUGCCUGAAGACCCACCUAACAACAUAACAUUUCAGAAGAUACCAGAUGAAGUAACAAAGCUCCAAGUAACAUUUGUGCCGCCAUCUGAACCAAAUGGAAAUAUUCAGGUGUAUCAGGCUAUGGUUUACAAUGAAGAUGACCCUGCUGCCAUCCAGAUCCACAACCUUAGUGUCAUUGAUAAAACAGAUCAGUCAGUCACUGCCAUGAUAGAAGGGCUCAAAGGAGGACAUACCUAUAAUGUCAGCGUGUAUGCAAUUAACGGUGCUGGUGCAGGGCCAAAAAUUCAAUUGAAGAUAACCAUGGAUAUCAAAGAACCACCACGACCUAAAAAGAAACCAGCACCAGUUUAUGAUGCCAGUGGGGCAUUACUCGUCACAGCUACGACAAUUACGAUCAGGAUGCCAAUAUGUUAUUACAGUGAUGAUCAUGGCCCUAUCAAGAAGAUACAAGUUCUUGUCGUGGAAGCUGGAGCUCAGCAUGAUGGGAAUGUUACUAAGUGGUAUGAUGCCUACUUCAACAGACCAAGGCCAUAUUUUACAAAUGAAGGCUUUCCAAACCCACCAUGUGUAGAAGGAAAGGAAGAUCUGAGUGGCAAAGAAGAGAUAUAUGUCAUAGGUGCUGAUACUACAUGUAUGAUACCAGGCAGUCAAAACAAAAUAUGUAAUGGCCCACUGAAACCAAGAAAGCAGUACCUAUUUAAGUUCAGAGCAACUAACAUUAAAGGACAGUUUACAGAUUCUGACUAUUCUGACCCUGUCAAAACAUUAGGUGAAGGACUGUCAGGAAGAUCUGUAGAAGUUAUCCUUGCUGUUACUUUGUGUAUACUUUCAGUGGUUAUUCUGGUGGGAGCAGUAUAUGCUUUUGCAAGAAUUCGGCAAAAGCAAAAAGAGGGAGGCACAUACUCCCCACGAGAUGCUGAAAUUAUUGACACUAAGUUCAAACUGGAUCAGUUGAUCACAGUGGCAGACCUGGAGCUGAAGGAUGAAAGAUUUACACGAUACUCUUCAUUUUUCUUUAGACGCAAGGAGAUAUUUGUCAUCCAGUUACUUAGUUAUAGAAAAUCCAUCAAGCCAAUAAGCAAGAAAUCCUUCCUACAACAUGUUGAAGAGCUUUGCACAAACAACAACCUAAAGUUUCAGGAAGAAUUUUCGGAACUUCCCAAGUUUCUGGAAGACCUGGCUUCAACUGAUGCUGAUCUGCCAUGGAACAGGUCUAAGAACCGUUUCCCAAACAUAAAGCCAUAUAAUAACAACAGAGUAAAGCUGAUGCCCGAUGCUGGUAUUCCUGGAUCUGACUACAUUAAUGCCAGCUACGUGUCUGGCUAUUUAUGUCCAAAUGAGUUUAUUGCAACUCAGGGACCAUUACCAGGAACAGUGGGUGAUUUCUGGAGAAUGGUGUGGGAGACAAGAGCAAAAACACUUGUGAUGCUUACACAAUGUUUUGAAAAAGGACGGAUAAGAUGUCAUCAGUACUGGCCAGAAGACAAUAAACCAGUGACUGUGUUUGGGGAUAUAGUGAUUACUAAAUUGGUGGAAGAUAUUCAAAUAGACUGGACCAUCAGAGACCUAAAAAUUGAAAGGCAUGGAGACUGCAUGAUGGUGCGGCAGUGCAACUUUACUUCUUGGCCAGAACAUGGAGUCCCCGAAACUACUGCACCUAUUAUCCAUUUUGUAAAACUCAUCCGUGCAAGUCGAGCACAUGAUAAUACACCGAUGGUGGUUCACUGCAGUGCUGGUGUUGGAAGAACAGGUGUUUAUAUUGCGCUUGACCAUUUAACCCAACAUGUAAAUGACCAUGAUUUUGUGGAUAUCUAUGGACUUGUAGCUGAGUUAAGAAGUGAAAGAAUGUGUAUGGUACAGAAUCUGGCACAAUAUAUAUUUUUGCAUCAAUGUGUUUUGGAUCUGCUGACAAGCAAGGGAAGUAGCCAGCCCAUAUGUUUUGUAAAUUAUUCAGCACUGCAAAAGAUGGACUCUUUGGAUGCCAUGGAGGGUGAUGUGGAGCUUGAAUGGGAAGAAACUACCAUGUAAAUACUAAGACUAAAUAGAAAAGAUGAGAUUUUGAAAGUCAAAGCCGUAUUUUUCUAAGCACAGGGGCCAAAGCGAAUUCCCCUAUUUUGAUGACUAAAACAUACGCGAAUGAUUGAAGCAUCUUUUCUUCUAUCAAUGUGCCUUCAUAAAUAUGUUAAAGUAUUUUAUUCAGAUCACUGAGCAAUAACAAUUUGAAGUAUUUUUGCACAGUCUGCACUUCUGGCGUUAUAUGAAUACUGCAUUCACUAUGUAUUUAAACAGUGUGUUUGAAUAUACUCCUUUUUUUCCAGUUAUCUUUGUAAAAGAAGAAAAAUGAGCCAAAUACGAUGUAAAAAUUUCAUAUUCCCAUUGAGCUUAUUUUGGUGUGAAUUUGCUGUGUUGUGGUUUGGUUUUCAGUAAAAGC